UACUGCUGAAUCAUGGUACUAUGAUAGUCAGUGUGGAGAUGCAGCAAAAGCUUUUGCUUCUCUCUCGUUUAGUUUGAGAUAAUUUGUUUCCUUCUGAAUUCAGGAACUUCAGAUUCCUUUGUCUAUUCUCCAGUCUGGAUUGAUGCCUUUUACUCUUAUUUUUUCCCUCCACUCUGGUGCCCAUUGUUUUUACUAAAAAGAUGGCUGUGCGGCUUUUUGAAGGCAAGGAUCAUGCAUCCUCUUACCUGCAGUACAGAGUGGCCCCACAUGAAAUGGUCAGUGUAAUAAUGAGCUACAUGGAGAAAAGGAAACCAAAGAGGUCCGAACUUGCUGUCGAUGUUGGCUGCGGUCCAGGGCAAGUGACUGUCCUCUUGGCACCAUACUUCAACAAGGUGGUCGGGACAGACGUCAGCCAGGCAAUGAUAGACAGGGCAUUGGCCAAAAGCAAUCCACCAAACACUUCUUACAGACAGUCCCCUGCAGAGGAGUUACCAUUUACAGCUGGCGAGGUGGACCUUGUGACGGCCAUGACGUCGGCCCACUGGUUCGAUCGACCGCGGUUCCUCCAGGAGGCCGACAGGGUGCUCAGGCCUGGAGGCUGCCUUGCACUCCUGAGCUACACCAUGGACAUGAACCUUGAAUAUGGAGAUGUUUCGGACGCCCUUAAUGACAUCUGCCAGGAGUUCUACGCUGCCUUGCUGCCCUACAGAAGUUUUUAUUUAGGACCAAGCUCCAAGAAGCUCUACUUUGACAUGUUUAACUCUUGCUCUUACCUGGACAAGGAAUGGAAUGAGUCCUGCCAAGUAAGACGGACCCUUUCGGUCAGUGGGUUUAUAGGCAUGGUGGAAACUUUCUCUAGCUACCAGCAGCUAAAAAAAAAGGACCCAUCAGAAGCCGAACGUCUCUCAAAUAGCAUCCUGAACAAACUGCUGAGUGCCAUGAAUGCAUCCUCUCCCGACACAGAAGUGACGGUGAUAAUAAACUACUUUUACAUGCUGGCUUGCAAACCUUCAUCUGACUGAACCUCGAUGCCCUUAAACACAAAUCUUAACGCACACCUCAUUCAUUCACUGCAAUUAAGAUGGACAGAAAAGGAUCGUCCACUUUCCUUAAGGCCUCCUACAGCCAGUAAUAGUGAGAUUUAAUUGCCUGACAUAUUUUCAUAACGGCCUUUGGAGCGCAUUUAAAUGUUCUUGUUAACGUUUCACAUUGAGUAAUUCAUUAAAAGUCAAGGCUGGCGUAUUUUC